AUGUCUCAAAUUACGCAGAGAAUUAUAUUGCUAUGUGUGUUGAUGUUAUUAUCAGUGCACAAAAUGCUUGCAAUUCAUGUCAAUAUUAUCAACUCUUUAGAAGAUAAUUUAAAUCUAACUGUUCAUUGCAAAUCCGCAGAUAAUGAUCUCGGAGUUCAUGUUCUGCAUCAUCGUGAGAAUUUUGGUUGGAGUUUUGGAGUUGGUGUUUUUAAGGGUACAUUAUUCUAUUGUGGCUUUACAUGGAAUGGUCAAUUACAUUGGUUUAAUAUAUUCAAAAAAACUGAUAAAGAAACAUCUGAUUGUACUGAAUGUGAAUGGCAUAUAUUUAAAUCAGGACCAUGUCGAACCCUAACUUCCAGUACCACAUCUUGCUUUCCGUGGAAUAAGAACAAAUAG